GUGCGAUAACCCAAGCCGUUGAUUGGCUGCUGCAGCAGUGGGAGGUGAAAGGUGUUUCCAGGAUGAGCCUUAGUAGGCGAAGCCCGAUUGUGGUUCUCAACCAAAGGAGCCUUGGACCAGGGUAUGUAGUGGUCAAGUUUAGCCAGAUCCAGCGGAUGGUCAGCUUUGAACUGGACAACACAUACAUCAUGUGCAGGAUAGAGAUCCUUAAGCAGGUUGUAGGGAUACCGAUGGGGAAGAAUUCCAGCCCCUCGCUAGCGUGUGUUUUAUGUGCAAAGCAAGAGGUCGACUUCAUAACCUCGUUGGGCGCUGAUCAAAAGCUGGUGCACGGGGUCAGACUGGUAGAUGACGUCACGAUUGCGGUGGCGUGUGACAUGUAUGACUGUCGGAGUAUAGAGGCAGCGAAGGCUAUCCCUCAGGAAUUUGCGGAAGCAUAUGGGAAGCAGCUGGUGCUCGUACGAACUGAUGAUGGCUCCAACUCUUGGGAUUUCCUGGGAAUGAGGGCGACAGCCUUACCAGGUCCGAUUACGUUGACCAUUCGCCCCGGACAUAAGAAUGAAGGGGGCACGCUAGAGGAUCCCCUUGCCUUCAGAUGUUUCCAAGACUUCUCUUCGUAUUUGGAUAAGCGAGUGAAGGCAGAGAUCAAGGCCAUGGACAAACUGCUCACCUUCGAGCAGAGCACGCUGUCGAGUGUCGACUGGAUAGCCGAGUACCAGCGCUUGACAUCCGUCCCGGAUCUGCAGAUGGGCUUCCAAGCCAUCAAGCAUAACUUCAUCUCGAGAUCAUGCCCGACGUUAAGCAAUGCGUUGACUCAUGUUGACGAGACAUUGACAACGACGACAGAGCUUUUCGACAAGGUCGCGCAGAUCAUUGUCACGAACAAGGAGGCCAAGAACCUCGGUCGUUCGUCUGCGGCGGGCCCGAGCAGGGACCAGCAUCAGCCCAAGGUGGCCGUGGUGGCGGCGACAAUGCCACCUGACCAAUUUUACAGUGAGGCCGUGUCUGCCAGUGAAGGAGAUAGACUCGCAGCCGCCCGGGAUGGUGGCCGCGCCGGCAGAGGCCGAGGACGCGGCAAAGGGAACACAAACACCACUAUUAUCCUCGGGCCCGUAACCGGCCUUCAUUCCGAAGCACAGGCGGAAGUCGAUAGUCCUCCUCUCUUGUAUUCUUUCGAGGACUAUGCUGCCCGACUCGUUCCUGCGCUGGGUACCUUCGCUCAAGGACAAGACGUAUGUGCGGCUUCUUCUCCGUCCGACGACAGUUCAUCAUCGUCUUCAGGUGGUUCUUCACGGGAUUCAGCGCGCGAGUUCAACAUAGAGGUAUUGGACCCGCUCACGUCUGAGGAUUUCGCAUGGCUUCCUCUCCCGACCACGGGCUGCUUGCCGGGACCGCAGUGCGCAUUCAUUCCGACGGCGAGUAACCGGCCUUCAUUCCGAAGCACAACCGGUUUCUUCUAUGCACCACCAACUUCGACGGCGGAUGACGAAGUCGCGGUGGGGGACAUCUUGGCGUACGUUACCAAGGUGGCCCACGAGUUUCGCACACAGCGGUACGAUGACAACAAUGCACCACUGAUGUAUGUCCGCAUCCAGGUUGGACAAACGUCCUGCAACGCUUUGUUGGAUAGCGGCGCGUCUCGCAACUUCAUGAGCCAAUCCUUUAUGCAAAGGGCUGGCCUUGGCGCACAAGUUCGGAGGAAGGCAAACCCGACGGCGAUCAAGUUGGCGGAUGGUAAGAUGCAGCAACUUCUCGACCGUUACAUCGAAGUUGUACCGUUGUACUUCGCACCUCAUGCAUGCGAGCCGGUGACAUUUGAUAUAUUGGACACGGACUUCGACAUUAUUCUGGGAAUGCCUUGGCUUGCAAGUGCGUAUCACACGGUCAACUUCCAUCAGCGGACUCUCACUGUUCGCGACGCUUUCGGCGCCGAAGUACCGUGUACUAUUCCUCUUCCGCACCCUUCGAUCCGGUGCCAAGUGGUGACGGCCAAAUCAUUCCGGGCGACUUGCGCUUACGAGCAGCCCGAGGAAAUGGGCCUAUGCUUCCUACGGACCGUCGCGGUAGCCGACUCUUCACCCACGGACUUGUCUUCGGACCCCCGUGUGGUACGGUUGCUGGACGAGUUUGCCGACAUCUUCGAGACACCUACCGGUGUGGUGCCAGAUCGGCCGAUCUCUCACGAGAUCAUUCUUGAGGCCGGUGCCGUGCCACCGAAAGGUUGCAUCUAUCGCAUGAGCGAGGAGGAGCUUGAGGUCCUCCGCGCACAACUCGACGAUUUGUUGGCCAAGGGCUGGAUCCGCCCUAGCAGCUCCCCAUAUGGACCACCUGUUCUCUUCAUUCGGAGGAAGAACAAGGAUCUACGUCUGUGUAUCGACUACCGCAAGCUCAACGCACAAACCGUCAAGAAUGUGGGGCCUCUUCCUCGCAUCGACGAUCUUCUGGAGCGGCUGGGCGGUGCCAAGUACUUUUCCAAGUUGGACUUGAAGUCGGGGUAUCAUCAGUUGUCGAUACGCCCAAGUGACUGUUACAAAUCCGCAUUCAAGACGCGGUAUGGGCAUUUUGAGUGGGUGGUCAUGCCUUUUGGCCUCACCAACGCCCCGGCGACCUUCCAGGUGGCGAUGACCAACGAGUUUCGUGCGAUGUUGGACCGAUUCGUUCUGGUCUACCUAGAUGACAUUCUCGUCUACAGCCGGACCUUGGAGGAUCAUCUUGGGCAUCUCCGACGUGCGUUGGAGACACUCCACUGUGCCAAGUACAAAGCUAAUCGGGACAAGUGUGAAUUCGUCCGACAAGAGCUUGAGUACCUGGGCCAUUUUGUCACACCCGAGGGCAUCAGUCCGCUUUCGGACAAGAUUCAGGCCAUCCAGGAGUGGCCGGAGUUGUGGAACGUCACGCAUAUCCGUUCGUUUCUCGGUCUUGCCGGCUACUACCAACGCUUCAUCAAGCGCGACUCGAAAAUCGCGGCUAACUUGACCAAGCUUCAAUGCGAGGAUCGACCGUUUGACUUCGAUGAGGAUGCGCGGGAAUCAUUUCUGGCCCUCAAGGCCGCAUUGCUCUCUGCAGAGGUCUUGCGUAUCUACGACCCGCUGUUGCCUACACGCGUCACUACUGAUGCGUCCGGUUAUGGCAGUGGUGCAGUCCUUGAGCAGCACGAUGGAGUGGACUGGCACCCGGUCGAGUACUUCAGCAAGAAAGUGUCCGCCGUGCAUUCCAUUGAUGAUGCACGCAAGAAGGAACUCCUCGCCUUCGUUCACGCUCUCAAGCGGUGGCGGCACUUCCUCCUCGAUCGAAGUCAAUCCCGAUGGGUGACAGAUAACAACCCGUUGGUCUUUUACAAGACCCAGGACACCGUCAACAGCACCAUCGCUCGUUGGAUGGUUUUCAUCGACCAGUUUGACUUCUUUCCAGAUCACAUCCCUGGGAAGUCAAACCGUUUUGCGGAUGCUCUUUCACGGCGUCCGGAUCAUUGCACCGCGGUCUACGCGACUUUUGAGAUUGACGAGGACCUGCGGGACAGUUUCGUCCGCGGCUACCAAGCCGACCCCGAAUUUCGCGACAAGUACGCGAAUUGCUCCUCUCCUAAUCCGGCGCCUUCUCACUAUCGGAUCCAGGAGGGGUACUCGCUUGUCCACUCGCGCGGGAAGGACCUUCUUUGUGUGCCGAGUGAUUCUCACUUGCGUACACGGCUUCUUGGCGAGUUCCACGAUGCACCCGCCACCGGACAUUUUGGAGUCAAUCGCACGAUUGGCCGACUUCGCGAGCGAUUUUGGUGGCCCGGCCUUCUCGGCGACGUCACGCGCUAUUGCGAGGAAGCGAUUGCCAUGGACAUCACAGGGCCGUUCCCCAAGCGCAAGACCAGUGUGGAUGGGAUUUUCAUGGUGGUCGAUCGACUCACCAAGUUUGCCAUGUUUUUGCCUUGUCGCUAUCAUGCCAAGGCACCAGAGUUGGCUGAGGUUUUGUACGCCGGUUGGAUUCGAACCAAGGGUUACCCCAAGGAGAUCGUCUGCGACCGUGACACUCGGUUCAUGUCCGAUUUUUGGUUGGCGCUCAUCAAACGAUGGGGCUCAUCUCUCAAGCCCAGUUCAGCUCGCCACCCCCAGACCGAUGGACAGACGGAGAGGGCGCACCAGACCGCACAGGUUCUCCUUCGCACUCUCAUCCGUCCUGACCAGAAGGAUUGGGUUGAAGGGUUGCCGGAUGUCGAGUUGGCCUACAACUCCUCCAUCCACCCGGCUAUUGGGAUGUCGCCCUUCGAGUUCGAGCACGGCUCGCCGGUCACUUCUCCGUUGGAUACCAUCAUUCCACGAGCGGCCAAGAGCGACGACCAUCUUCUUUUCUUGCGUCGGAUGCAAGAGCUUCUUGUCAAGGCACGUGACCAGCUGGCCAAGACGCAGCAGCGCAUGAGCCAGCAGGCCAAUCGCCAGCGUCUUCCUUGCCCGUUCCGCGCCGGUAACCUUGUUUGGGUUUCCGCAGCAGAGUUCAGCCUUGAACAAGACAUCUCUCGCAAGCUCCUUCCGAAAUGGAUGGGGCCCUGGCCGAUCACAACACCCGGUGGAGAUGCACCUGAAGGACCUUCCUUCAUCAUUCAGGUACCCGCCCAUUUGCCCGUCAACCCGAUCUUCCAUUCCUCCAAGCUGGCUCUCUACACGCCAGCAGACCAUGACGAUUUUCCCGGGCGACGAUCGCAAGACCCACCCUCUAUGGAUGGUUUCCAAGAGGUCAGCGGCAUUCUCUCUCAGCGCCGUUACGGCAACCUUCCGACCGAAUAUCUGGUCCAUUUUGCAUACUGCAGCCACCGAGCUGAUCGUUGGUUGACCCGUGUAGAUCUCCAAGCAACAGCUCCGGACAUUCUCGCACGCUAUGAACGUAAGAUGCAAGGCAAGCCGGUCUUUUCGGCUCCAUGCCGCGCCCCCGUCCUGGUUCCACCUUCAGAUCGUCAGCUUCGCCCUCGCCCCGACUUGACUUCAUAAGGAGGGGGGGGUGUUGCAUGCUGCGCCUGCACACUCGGGCCAUUUUCCAGGCCCUGCGUCCUUCAGGCCGAAAGC